CAGAGCUGCCCUGCGCUCGGCUGGGGCUCCGCAGGCGGCUGGGGAGGGCGACGCGGGAGAGGACGCGGAGACCCAGGGGCUGCGGCGCCAAGGUGACAAGCUGCGCACCUGGGAAGUUACCCGGCUGUCUGGUCCUCGAGCAAAAUGGGAAAUGGUUCGGUGAAACCCAAGCAUUCCAAGCACCCGGAUGGCCACUCCGGCAACCUCAGUACGCAUGCGCUGCGGAGCAAGGUGACAGAGCUGGAGCGAGAGCUGAGGCGGAAGGAGGCCGAGAUCCAGGAGCGGGAAUACCAUCUGAAGGAGCUGCGGGAACAGCUGUCCAAGCAGACCGUGGCCAUUGCUGAGCUCACGGAGGAGCUCCAGAACAAGUGCAUCCAGCUGAACAAGCUCCAGGAUGUGGUGCACAUGCAGGGAGGAAGCCCGCUGCUGGCCUCUCCAGAAAAAGUGCCUCUUGAGGUCCACCGCAAGGCCUCAGGAUUGGUCUCCCUCCACAGCAGGAGGGGAGCGAAAGCUGGGGUGUCUGCGGAGCCAACGACCCGAACCUAUGACCUCAAUAAACCCCCGGAGUUUUCGUUCGAGAAAGCACGAGUCAGAAAAGACUCCAGUGAGAAGAAGCUCAUUACAGAGGCCCUUAAUAAAAAUCAGUUUCUAAAGAGACUGGAUCCUCAGCAGAUCAAAGACAUGGUGGAAUGCAUGUAUGGGAGGAACUACCAGCAAGGGAGUUACAUUAUUAAGCAAGGAGAACCAGGAAACCAUAUCUUUGUACUAGCAGAGGGCCGACUAGAGGUGUUCCAAGGGGAGAAAUUUCUAUCAUCCAUCCCUAUGUGGACCACAUUUGGGGAGCUAGCCAUUUUAUACAACUGUACAAGAACUGCCUCCGUGAAAGCUAUUACCAAUGUUAAAACUUGGGCACUAGAUCGAGAGGUAUUCCAGAAUAUAAUGAGAAGGACAGCUCAAGCUAGAGAUGAACAGUACAGAAACUUCCUCAGAAGUGUAUCCUUGCUGAAGAAUUUACCUGAAGAUAAACUAACCAAGAUCAUCGACUGCUUGGAAGUGGAAUACUAUGACAAAGGAGAUUACAUUAUUAGAGAGGGCGAGGAAGGAAGUACUUUCUUCAUCUUAGCAAAAGGAAAGGUAAAAGUCACCCAGAGCACAGAGGGCCAUGAUCAACCACAACUGAUAAAAACACUGCAGAAAGGAGAAUACUUUGGAGAAAAAGCUCUUAUCAGUGAGGAUGUCAGAUCAGCUAACAUUAUUGCUGAAGAAAAUGAUGUGGCUUGCCUAGUUAUAGAUCGAGAAACAUUCAACCAAACAGUCGGGACUUUUGAAGAACUCCAAAAAUACCUUGAAGGGUAUGUGGCAAACCUGAACCGUGAUGAUGAGAAAAGACAUGCAAAGAGAUCCAUGUCUAACUGGAAGCUGUCCAAAGCACUCUCUCUGGAGAUGAUUCAGCUGAAGGAGAAGGUGGCCAGAUUUUCCUCAUCAUCCCCAUUCCAGAACCUUGAGAUUAUCGCAACACUGGGCGUUGGUGGGUUCGGAAGAGUUGAGCUUGUUAAAGUGAAAAAUGAGAAUGUUGCUUUUGCUAUGAAGUGUAUAAGGAAGAAGCACAUAGUUGACACAAAACAACAGGAGCAUGUCUACUCAGAAAAGAGGAUUCUAGAAGAGUUGUGUUCUCCCUUCAUCGUGAAAUUAUAUCGUACUUUCAAGGACAAUAAGUAUGUAUACAUGCUUCUGGAGGCCUGCUUAGGUGGGGAGCUAUGGAGUAUAUUAAGGGACAGAGGUAGCUUCGAUGAACCCACCUCCAAGUUCUGCGUUGCUUGUGUGACAGAAGCGUUUGAUUACCUGCAUCGACUAGGUAUUAUCUACAGAGACCUGAAACCAGAAAACUUAAUUCUAGAUGCUGAAGGUUAUCUUAAAUUGGUUGACUUUGGAUUUGCUAAGAAAAUAGGAUCUGGACAGAAAACAUGGACAUUCUGCGGAACUCCAGAGUAUGUAGCUCCUGAAGUCAUUCUCAACAAAGGACAUGACUUCAGUGUGGAUUUUUGGUCUCUGGGAAUUCUAGUGUAUGAGCUCCUAACCGGCAACCCUCCCUUUUCCGGGAUUGACCAAAUGAUGACCUACAAUUUGAUUCUCAAAGGAAUUGAAAAAAUGGAUUUUCCCAGAAAGAUCACAAGACGACCUGAGGAUUUGAUUCGGAGGCUUUGCAGGCAAAAUCCAACAGAAAGACUUGGAAAUCUGAAGAAUGGAAUCAAUGACAUUAAGAAACACAGGUGGUUAAAUGGUUUUAAUUGGGAGGGACUGAAAGCACGGAACCUUCCAUCACCUUUACAGAGAGAGCUCAGUGGACCCACAGACCACAGCUACUUCGACAAGUAUCCCCCUGAAAAAGGAGUGCCUCCAGAUGAGCUGUCAGGCUGGGAUAAAGACUUUUGACAGAAGAAAAGAUGAUUAUUGCCUCUACACCUGGAAGAGGACUAUAAGGACCAAUAAUCCAAGAGUGAUCAUUUCUCUCUUUGGAGUAUUAUAAUGUCUUUGGGGAGACCAUUAAAGAAGAGAACCCCCUGCCCAUGAGCUGGGUGGACAAUGCGAAUAUGAAGGUGGUUCUGAGUUAUAAUGUCUCAUUUAGAUGCUCUGAAUUAUUCAUGUAUUCUAUUCUUUGCUCUUCUCAAAUGUUAGAAGCAAUUCUCUUCCCCUCUCCAUAGUCAGAAUAAUUUUUGUUGAGGGGGCAUAAUUUUCUCUGCAAUCUAUUGCUCCAUCCCAAUCAUACUUGUCUCCUUUGAGUCCUAGUAAGUUUUAAAAAGUGUCUUGCCUUUGAGCAACUAAGUCAUGCAAAUGGAAGGAAGAACACGGGUGAACUCUGGAAGACUUCCCCUACUCUCAACAAUUCCAUGUAAGCAUUAUAGCAUCUCAAACCCGUGGUUUGCAGAAAUCUUUGUAGUGGAUAGAAACUCUUGAUUUUCACCUGAUUUAACCUAGAAACAUAUUAACAUGCAUCUGAUACUAGUCUGGGGAAAGGCAAGUUUAAGUAUUAGUCAAUGGUACCACUUCCUAGCAUAAAUGAGUUAAUUCACCCAGCCAGUAAUUAUAUUCCAUUGGGGAACUUUGAAAAAAUAAAGGAAAAAAUAUUUUUGUUCUCCUGUGACGAGCUGUGAUACCUCAGAGACUUUUCGAAAGCCUUGUUAAAGGUAGGUAUAAUGUGUGGUCAAGUGAUGGGCCUCUGGUAGGGUUUUAUCUUAUAUACUAAAUAUUUUCACAAAGUAGUAAACACGCAGGCACAAAAUUGUAAGGCGUUUCCUUCUGAUUAAAUAUAGAAGAGAAUAAUUUCUAAUAGGUAAGGUUGCUGACUCUUUACAACUGAGAUAUUUUGGCCAGUUUUGUGUUUGUUGCCGUUAAUGAAUCAAGAGUAUAGAAUAACCACAGUUAAUUUUUAAUGAAUAUCUCCUUGGCUCAUGUUGAUGCCCUGUAAUCACUAUUGCAUCAAUAACUCUUUUUAAAGAGAUUUGAGUCAUGGAUGUGUUUAUAAUUUUAGAUUUGUAAGGUAGACAAGCCGCUGAGGAAGUGAUGGGACUUAAGUAAAAGGGACAUCCAGAAUGUGCCCUCCUGUCUCCUCCUCACAAUCUUCCAGAUGAUGAAUAGACUAGUUUCAAUGGCACUGGAUACCAGCGCCGAAGAACUUUACUAGAGAAUGUUGUCAUGCAUCAACCACGAUCCCACCAAAUGGAUGGGAAGCAGACUUUUUCUGUAUCUUUUUGAUCUGGCAGAGUAAAAAUAACAUCGAAGUUCCUGCAUUAUUCAAGCUUCUGGUUAUAUUUUCACAUGCUAAUGUUCUAUGGGAAAAGCAACCUCUACCCACUCUCCACCCAUAUUUUCAGCAUUCAGAAAGAGUCAGCUAUAUGUUUCCUGAAGAGUCAAACCAGUUAAGUGAGGCCCAACCCAAGAGGGUGCAUCCUUAACAAAUUGAAUUUCCACAUUUAGAGAAUCUUUUUGCUGAACCAAAGAAUUUUUGUUUCUUGGAGUAGUAUUUUUAAAGAUUGUGUAUUGUACAUAGACAAACCAUUUUUAAUAGGAUCAACAUAACCUGCUUAAUGAAUUUCUAAGAUUUUUAAAGAUUUUUAUUUGCAUUUGGUUUGUAAGCAUUGUAUGUUUUUCCAUGUAUAUAUUUUUAAAUUACCCACCUAUAAAUGUAGAAAAUUUAUGCAUUGGAUGGAUAUUAGAACUAUACAGUUAUAAUAGCAAUGAUAUUCUCAAAGGAAAACAAUAGUUGUAAUUCAAAAAAGACAUAUAUACAAAU